AUGGCAUCAGUCAUCAUUUUGUUAAGAAACAAACGUGUUUCUCUUACAGGUGAUCGCCUUCUCGACAUCCCGUGUAAAGUGUGUGGUGACCGCAGUUCGGGCAAACACUACGGCAUAUACAGCUGUGACGGCUGUUCGGGUUUCUUCAAGCGCAGCAUCCACAAGAACCGGAUGUACACGUGUAAAGCACAGGGCGACCUCAAGAGCAUGUGUCCCAUAGACAAGACUCACCGUAACCAGUGCCGCUCCUGUCGUCUCAUGAAGUGUUUCCAGGCAGAGAUGAACAAAGACGCCGUGCAGCACGAGAGAGGACCGCGCAAACCGAAAGUUAAAUCUGAAACCACCGACUCCAGGCUACAACUCGCUCAAGACUCGCCCAUCGACCUCAGCGUCGCCAGAGGUCAACAACAUGGCCGCUUGACCUUCAACUCGGAUUACUUCCAGAAGUUUCAGUUGAGAAACGACCAACAGAUGGUGUUUAUGGGUUACCAUGGAGACAGUUUGGGAGAGAGAAUGGGUCUGCAUGCGCCGUCAGCGUUUACUUCCCCUGCCGUGCUGCCGCCCAUGCUGACGUCUCAACAAGAUAUCUGGCAUGAAAUGAUGGCUCGACUUCUCUUUACCAUCAUCAGUUGGGUGAAGCAAAUACCAGCGUUCUUAAUGCUGUCACAGUCAGAUCAGACGGCGCUGCUGUCGUCAUCGUGGAAAGAACUCUUCCUGCUGGGCGUGGUUCAGUGGGGGAUUCCCGUGGACACGCGGUGUAUUUCGGCGGACGCCAGGAUCAAGGCGUGUGGGUUCGGCGUGUCUGAGGAAUCCACUGUGAUGACGGAGGUCGAGCGACUCAGCGAAACUGUGUCCAGGAUUAGAGAGAUGGCCAUCGACUCGACAGAGUUCACGUGUCUUAAAGCCAUCGUCCUCUUCAAGUCAGACUCGCCCAGCCUGAAGAACUCCAAGUGUGUGGAGGCGCUGCAGGACCAGGCCCAGGUGAUGCUGUCGGAGCACGUGCAACUCAACUACCCGCGCCAGCUAGUGCGAGUCGGCCGCCUGCUCGUGCUCAUCAGCAAACUGCACGCGUUCAAAACCUCAACGCUGGAACGAGUCUUCUUCAGAGGCAUUGUGGGCAACAUAUCGGUGGAGAAACUUCUCGGUAACAUUUUGCACGGUGAUGUAUUCUAGCUGUUUGUGAACUUACUACAAGUAAUGGUCAGACAUGGUGAUGUAGGCAGUGAUGUAGUAGUUAAUCUAAAGACAUGACCUAGGACGAUGUUUCAGAAUUUCUCGAGUACUCAGUGUCAGUGACAAUAAAAUGUGAUACUAGCAAUUCGCUCCAGUAGGACUUGUCUUUAAAUGGUGUUCGUGUUGAAGACAAAACUUCUUUAAUAGUCACCAGGAAGAGUGCAUUAUUGGGAGGUAUUGAGAAGUUAGCGUGGAUACAGGUAGUAUGGAAAAUGUACACUAUAUAUUCUAUAGUUUAUACAUACGUUUAUUUAAGUAAAUGGCGUCGAUGAAGAACUCGUUAAUAUUCCGUAUAUUCUGUGUAUUAUCCCUACAUGGGCGAGAGACAAAAACAUUUUUCUUGAAACAAGUAAUACUCGUUUCAGUG